GGCAGGCCCUGAGCAGGGCAGCGCGCACCACACAGCCACGCCGACGCCGACGCCGACGGCGGCGGCCUGGCGCGCGAACGAUAGCCGCACCGGGGCACGGAUUUGAGAACGGGCCCACCUUGAGGCACAAGGGAGGGAGGAGGAGGAGGAGUGGAAGGAGGAGGAAGAUGACUCCUCACGCCCUGGCGCGCCUGCGGCCUGCCCGAGGAAGGCAGCAGGACCAGGAGCCCGCUCCCCCCGCCCCCGCCGCGCCCACAAGCGCGGCGAUGCCGCCCAGGCGCCGGAGGCGGGCGACCGGCCGCGCCCUGGACCCCUUGCCAAGGAGAGAUGAGACGGAGGAGAAGCGCCCCCCGGCCCGAGGGUGGCAGAGACUCAGAGAAGGCGCCCGCGGUUACUCUUUUCGCGACGCCAGGGAAGGCGGGAUGAUCAGGGUCACUGCUGAUGCCGUUGGCCGAAGACCUUGCGCCCGCACGCAGCCAGAACCGCCGAGCCUCGCUCAGCAUGUGGCCUGCACGGGCACGCUCCGAGCGCCCGCGCAAAGAGCAGGCGCUGGCCCAAAAAACUGGCCUGGCAAGCCAGCGAAUGGCACGAGGAAAUGAGGGGAGGAUGAGGAGGGGAUUCCCUCCCAUUGUAGGGCUCCCCGUACUCGUGCCAAGGCCCGAGGCACUCGAUUGCGCGCCUCACCCCGCGCGAGGCGACAUCACCUUCGGGCCUCGGCGUCGCCGCCCGGAACAGGGCAUCUCUCCAGCCCAUGCCGCGACGCGCGAAGCGCGGUCGUGGCCGCUAUCCGCACCCUCGCGGCCCACCAGAGCACGCAGCUGACGCCGAGAUUGCCGAGUUUGCCACCUGGCUCGUCUGGCUCUGAGCUUCCAGAUUCAUGACUACCUUGUCAUUCAUCCGCAGAGUUCUGAG